UUUUCCAACUUUCCAGAAGUUUCUCGGGAUGGGCGGGAGGAGGGGACGCCAUAUAUAGACGUAGGGAGAGGGGAGCGGCGGAGAGUGGAGUCCGUCCGCCGCUCGGGUCGGUGAGUCCCGUCCCGGCGCCAGCCCGGCCCGGCCCAGAAUGAAAAAGGCAGGCAUUGACCUCCCUCUGAGGCAGUUUCAAGACCACGAGAUGGCAGCUGCCAGAGCAGUCGGAUCCUAGCCUCCACCAGUGUUCCUUUCAACCCUUCCCUUUGCCUUGUCAUCUCCUCUUCCGUCCCGCUGCAUGAAGUAGAGGGGGAAAUGAGCUGAAGAAGAGGAAGUGUGGAAAUGUCUUAUGUGGAAAGACUAUCCUGAUUGGAGGCCCCAGAGAGGAGUGAGUCCUCACAGGUCCUCAGUGGCGCACACAACCCACCUCCCAGCCAUGCGCUCCCUCCUGCUCACCAGCACCUUCUGCCUCCUGGCCAUCACCCUGGCUGCGGAGGUGAAGAAACCUGCGGUGGCUGCAGCAGCCCCUGGCACAGGGGAGAAGCUGAGCCCUAAGGCAGCCACGCUGGCUGAGCGCAGUGCUGGCCUGGCCUUCAGCCUCUACCAGGCCAUGGCCAAGGACCAGGCAGUGGAGAACAUCUUGUUGUCACCCGUGGUGGUGGCCUCGUCGCUGGGGCUUGUGUCGCUGGGUGGCAAGGCGACCACGGCAUCGCAGGCCAAGGCUGUACUGAGCGCCGAGCAGCUGCGCGAUGAGGAGGUGCACGCAGGCCUGGGCGAGCUGCUGCGCUCGCUCAGCAACAACACUGCGCGCAAUGUGACCUGGAAGCUGGGCAGUCGCCUGUAUGGACCCAGCUCCGUGAGCUUUGCUGAUGACUUCGUGCGUAGCAGCAAGCAGCACUACAACUGCGAACACUCCAAGAUCAACUUCCGCGACAAAGGCAGCGCCCUGCAGUCUAUCAAUGAGUGGGCUGCCCAGACCACCGAUGGCAAGCUGCCUGAGGUAACCAAGGAGGUGGAACGCACGGAUGGCGCACUGUUGGUCAAUGCCAUGUUCUUCAAGCCACACUGGGAUGAGAGAUUCCACCACAAGAUGGUGGACAACCGAGGCUUCAUGGUGACCCGUUCCUAUACCGUGGGUGUCACCAUGAUGCACCGGACAGGCCUCUACAACUACUAUGAUGAUGAGAAAGAGAAGAUGCAAAUCGUGGAAAUGCCCCUGGCCCACAAGCUCUCCAGCCUCAUCAUCCUCAUGCCCCACCACGUGGAGCCCCUCGAGCGCCUUGAAAAGAUGCUGACCAAAGAGCAGCUGAAGAUAUGGAUGGGGAAGAUGCAGAAGAAGGCUGUUGCCAUCUCCCUGCCCAAGGGUGUGGUGGAGGUGACCCAUGACCUGCAGAAACACCUGGCUGGCCUGGGUCUGACUGAAGCCAUCGACAAGAACAAGGCAGAUCUGUCGCGCAUGUCGGGCAAGAAGGACCUGUACCUGGCCAGUGUGUUCCAUGCCACUGCCUUCGAGUGGGACACGGAGGGCAACCCCUUUGACCAGGACAUCUAUGGGCGCGAGGAGCUGCGCAGCCCCAAGCUCUUUUACGCUGACCACCCUUUCAUCUUCCUGGUUCGAGACUCCCAGAGCGGCUCCCUGCUAUUCAUUGGGCGCCUGGUCCGGCCCAAGGGUGACAAGAUGAGAGAUGAAUUGUAGGGCCCUGGGUGGGCACGGGAUGGCAGAAGGCAGCUGAAGGCUCCUGAAACACAUGGGUGCUAUGGGGGUGGGGGGAACUGAGGUACUGACCUUGGAAAUUCCAUGGGGUGGGUGGGUGGGGGAACAGCAGACUUCCUGUGUGUCUGAGCAGACCUUCCCAGCCAGAAUUCACUCUGCUUAGACAUCAUGAUGCUGAGCCCAGCCCCACAUCCUAUGGGACCUGGGCAAUAGUCGUCAUGCCCUGCCCUCAGACUCCUAGGAUCAAGCCUGCCUCAGUCAGUGUUCAUAUUUAUAGCCAAGUGCUUUCUCAUCUGUGAGACAGAAUUGAGCUGGGGGGUUUAGCCCAGCCCUUGGGAAAUGGGGAUCCUCUUUUCCUGAUACUAUUACCACCUCAGCCCCCUCCCCCAGCUCUAUCCUAAUCUUCCCUGACUUCCCUCAACUAUAAAACUAGGUGCUGCAGCCCCUGGGACAGGCACCUCUACCAUGGCCCUGGCCCUAGUGACAGGGAUCAGGAAAUAGCUCAUGGGUAGGGGGGCUCCUAGGCAGACUCUGGUCAGGCAUUAUGGGGAUGAAUUCCUUCCUUUAAUAAAUUUUCAAAGGUGGGAGGGAAGGGAGAAAAUGAGCCUUUGUUGCUGUCAAACCAAGAACUUAAUUUGUACAAUUUUUUUUCAAUAAAACUUUUCCAAUGAAA